CGUUUGUGAGGGCGGUCCUUUGGAGCGCGGCUCUCGGCAUCCGGCCGAGCCGCAAAAGCGGGGGCACGGCACGAUGGAGGAGGCCGGUGGCGGCGGGGAUGGCGGGGUGUUCGCCUUCCGGGACGCCCGCUGGGAGCCGGACCCGGCGCUGGAGUUCCCCCCGUGCGCACGCUCCCCGGCCCCGGCCCCGCUGGUGCUGGACAACGGCUCCUACCAGCUGCGCCUGGGCUGGGCCUGCGCGGAUCCCACGGUGCCCGCUGAGCCCUUGCUGCGCUUCCGCUCGCUGGUGGCGCGGAGCCGGGGCGCGCGAGGUGGCGGCGCCGGGCCCGAGACGCAGGUGGGCAACGACCUGGGCAGCCCCGAGCCCCUCCGCUGGCUCCUCCGCUCGCCCUUCGACCGCAACGUCCCCGUCCAGAUGGAGCUGCAGGAGCUGCUCCUCGACCACGGCCUCCAACGCCUAGGCCUCGGCCUCGCCGCCCAGGGCUGUGUUGACCAUCCAAUUGUGAUAACAGAAGCUGUCUGCAACCCCCUGUAUUCAAGACAAAUGAUGUCAGAGCUGCUUUUUGAAUGUUACCAAGUCCCAAAGGUUUCUUAUGGUGUGGACAGUCUGUACAGCUUCUAUCACAACAAAAGACAGGGCUGGCCCUGCAGUGGUCUCAUAAUUUCCUCCGGAUAUCAAUGCACACACAUUUUACCAAUAUUAGAUGGCAGGUUGGAUGCUAGAAACUGUAAGCGUAUAAAUCUGGGAGGAUGCCAGGCUACUAUGUACCUUCAGCGUCUCCUUCAGCUAAAAUAUCCUGGGCAUUUUGCUGCCAUCACUCUAAGCCGUGUAGAGGAAAUACUCCAUGAGCAUAGCUAUGUUGCAGAAGAUUACAAAGAGGAGAUGCAGAAGUGGAGAUCGCCAGAAUAUUACGAAAACAAUGUGCAUAAAAUGCAGCUGCCUUUUUCAAAUAAACUGCUGGGGAGCACUUUCACCUCUGAAGAGAAGCAGGAGAGGAGGCAGCAACAGCUUCGACGUCUCCAAGAGUUGAAUGCCCGCCGGCGAGAGGAAAAGCUUCAACUGGAUCAAGAGAGAUUGGACAGGCUACUUUAUGUUCAGGAGCUGUUGGAAGAUGGUCAUAUGGAUCAGUUUCACAAAGCUUUGGUGGAACUGAACAUGGACUCUGCUGAAGAACUUCAGUCUUAUAUCCACAAGCUGAAUGUAGCCAUUGAACAAACCAAGCAGAAAAUUCUACAAGCAGAAGUUAGUGCUGAAGUGGAUGUUGUGGAUAGCAAGCCAGAGAUUCCUGAUCUGGAUCCUUUGGGUGGUGAACAAGCUAUAGAAGAUGUGGAAAGCAUGAAUGAAUUUGAACCUUUAUUUGCUGAAGAACAACCUGAAGCAGAAAAGCCAGUCACUACCGUUCAGCCUGUAUUUAACCUGGCAGAAUAUCAUCAGCUCUUCAUUGGCACAGAAAGAAUCCGAGUUCCUGAAAUUCUGUUCCAGCCAUCCUUGAUAGGAGAAGAGCAGGCUGGGAUAGCUGAAACCAUGCAGUUAGUCCUGGACAGGUACCCUAAAGAACAGCAGGAAAAACUUGUCCAGAAUGUCUUCCUUACGGGUGGCAAUGUGAUGUAUCCUGGAAUGAAAGCAAGAAUCUGCAAGGAACUACUUGAAAUGAGACCAUUCCAGUCAUCUUUUCAGGUGCAUCUUGCUUCCAACCCUGUCCUGGAUGCGUGGUAUGGCGCUCGGGCCUGGGCCUUGGAGUACAUGAACCAAGAAGAAGGCUGGAUUACUAGGAAGGAUUAUGAAGAGAAAGGUGGUGAAUACCUUCAGGAGCACUGUGCUUCCAACGUCUAUGUACCAAUCCGUCUUCCAAAGCAGACUCCAAGAACAGCUGAAACACUAGCAUCCACUAAAGCGCCAGGAACGGUCACAAGCAAUCCUGAGCAGACAUAAUCUGCAGGUUGCUGGGGUAUGUAACUUGAAAAUAGGAAUGAACCAUGUGGAAGAUACUGUUGCUCAGAGCUGUGAAGUAGCUGCUUUUCAACACAAAUGAACAUGAAUUUAGCGUCAGCAUUUCUUGCUGGGCUUGCUAUAUGUGAUAUUUCAGAACACAUAAUCUUCUGAAAUGGUAACAAAAUUACUUGUCUAGUCUCCACAUUGAUAUGCCCUGUUCGUGGUUGCCGUGGCAUAAUUAUACGCUCUACAUCAGGUUUUGGUGAAAUAAGAGCAAAACAAAUAUUUCAGAGAAAAUGCUUAUUGGCCUCCUUGAGGCUAUUGCCUUAAUGUAUUUUUUUUUUUUAAAAAAUUAAUAGUCAACAUUGUAAAAUGUAAAUAAAGUCUCUGGGAUUUUUUAA